GGAGGAGGAGAAGAACCAGAAGGAAGAGGAGGAGGAGGAGGAGGAGAUGAACCAGAAGGAAGAAGCGGUCAAUGUUCAGAAUGUAGACAAAGUAGAUGAAGAAGAAUUUGUUCAAGAACCAGUAAUGGGGGAAGAGAAAUUGGCUAAUUCCAAGCAGCAAUCAGAAUCGGAAGGAGAUGCGCUCCCCCCGCCCCCAGAUUUUCAUUCUUUGCUCCAAUCGGUGAGCGAUCUGGAGAAGCUGCAUGGCGCCCUGUCUAAAUUUCUGCGCGAAUGGAAAUAUCUUAAAGGUUCCAUUGAGUCGAUCAAUGUCGCCAUCGAUGCACACGCAUCCUUCCAGCAGGAUGCCCUUUCGCCCGAGCAGGAGAAGGAUGAGCGCAGCGAGCAGGCGAAGGAGACGGAUGAACGCAGCGAGCUGGCGAAGGAGAAGGAUGAGCGCAGCGAGCAGGCGAAGGAGAAGGAUGAGCGCAGCGAGCAGGCGAAGGAGAAGGAUGAGCGCAGCGAGCUGGCGAAGGAGAAGGAUGAGCGCAGCAGGAUCGAGAUUAUUUGCGACGAUAUGGACGGGAAAUCACUUCGGAGAUACGUCGAAUCCAAUUUAUCGGAUAUUGAUCUGCUUCGCGAUGAGGUACCUGAGGCGCUUCGCCGCAUCCCAAACCCAGAAGAGCUCGUUUUUGUUGCCGUAGGAAAGUUCUACACGCAGGGAAGAAGGGCUUACAAUUACGGCUCGCAACUUAUUUCUAUUCGCCGCGCUGGCAUUCUUUUGUUGGAGUUCUUAGUCCUCUCAGGCCGCCCCACCGGAGAUUCUUCGGUGAAGGAGAAGGCAAUGGAUGGAGCCCUUCUCUGGUGGAAGCGGCUGGUUAGUGAAAAAAUCGACUCUGCAACCGCAGAGGAUUCCUGUGGCCUCGUUCUCUACUUAGCAUGCUUUGGCAUUCCAAAGAACUUUGAUUCCGAAGAUCUCUGCAUCCUUUUCAAGAAGAGUAAUCUGAAGAAGAAUAUCGAUGUUUUCCGCAGAUCAAACAUCCUAGUCGCGAGGAUCCCGGGUGUUUUAGACGAUUUAAUCAAAGCAAGAAUGUAUUUUGAAGUUGCUGAACUUUCCUGUUAUUUUGGGCUAACUGAAACAUUCUCCCCUCUGCCUUUGCUCUCAUCCUUCGCGGCAAAAGUCAUUCAUACUGGAAACUUUGAGCGAAAAAGAUCACAAGAUUCGGCGUUCUCAGCGAAAGAAGCCAAUACCAGAGAAUUAAAAACCCUGAAAUCAGUUGUUGAGUUUCUGGAGGAGCACAAGUUGGACGCGCAUGAUCUCUCCUCCGUCAACAUUCAUAAAGAAAUCGCGAAGUUAGAAAAGUACAUUGAGGAGGAUGAAAAGAGAUCCAGAGAAAAAAGGAUCCUAAAGCGAAAAUCUCCGCAUUCUAUCGCCGACGAGAAACCCGAAACUCGGUUCAGAGAAUCCCAUCCUCCUCCUGCUUCAAGAACUCCCCGUAGAACUCCUUCGCUGCCUCCAUUUCCUGGUUCAAACUCUGAAAAUCCACUGCUUUCAGCAGCAGUUAGUAACAGCAGAGAGUAUUCUUAUGAUUGGGGAAGAAGAUAUCCCAUCCUGCCGGCGGGUUACGAGUCGUCGGCCAUGAAUUAUUUUCGAGCUCCACUGUUCUAUCAGUCACAGGCUUCUUCUGUGUAUGAAAAUGGCAAAGGGAUUUCGGGUCGAAAUGUGUAUCAGUUUGUUGAUAAUUUUAUUGAACGUGAAGAACGGCGUAGUAAAUCCUAUAGAAGCAGUAAUAGUUCUCCAGGUGGUGCUGGGUUGGGUCUCUACUGAUUCAACCGGGUUGCUAUUGUUGUGAGUCUGAUUUAUAGGUUCUUUUAUUUGAG